AGUAGAGGGGAGGGCAAACGGAACAUGGCCUAUAAAAGACUCAACGUCACUUUUAACACCACAUAUGAAAUCUUGCCGCCUGCUUCAUGGAAUAAAUUAUGACAAAAAGCAGUUCAUGAAGUCAAUGAAAACCUGCGCACUGGAUACAUCAAAAAGUGAUCACAUUUUCACGCUUUUGGACGCUGUAUGUAAUAAAAGAAACAAUGGACCCAAUUCUUGAAGUUGUGGCUUUAAUUCUCGGCUUUUUGAGUUGGAUAAUGGUUGGCGUUGCUAUUCCGAACCGUUACUGGAAAGUUUCCACCAUAGAUGGGACUGUUAUUACAACUUCGACAAUUUACGAAAAUCUGUGGAUGUCAUGCGCCACGGACUCGACAGGAGUGCACAACUGCCGUGAAUUUCCAUCCAUGCUUGCACUUUCUGGCUAUAUUCAGGCGUCUCGGGCUCUUAUGAUCGCCUCAGUGGUGUCUGGGACUUUCGGAGUGGUUUGUACCCUCAUCGGCAUGCAGUGCUGUAAAGCCGGUGGAGAAAACUACGUGCUUAAAGGCAGAAUUGCCGGUAUCGGUGGCGUAUUUUUCCUUCUUCAAGGCUUGUGCACGAUGAUAUCAGCGUCAUGGUACGCGUUCAACAUCACCCAGGACUUCUUCAAUCCAAUCUAUCCUGGACAAAAAUAUGAGAUUGGAGAGGGUUUAUAUAUAAGUUGGGCCUCUGGCACUCUCGCAAUCUGUGGUGGAGCUUGUCUAAUGUUUUCCUGCAAAUUUGGCACAGAAGAGAAGAGUGGUUACCCGUACCAGCCCUCACGGGGAACAGUCUACUCAGCAUCUGCCUCCAGGAAAGACGUUCAGAGCACUUAUGGAAGGAAUGCCUAUGUCUGAAUGAAGCCGUCUGGGCUGAUUUUAUGUCCAAAAAUAUAACUGUUGACAUUUUUAUAUCUGUGCUUAAUCUGUGCAAUUCUGUAAAUAUUUGUACCAGACACCCAAAAAUUUCAGCGGAUAAAAUGUUAUCAUGUCAUUUAUGCAGUGCCAACAUCUCAGAAACAAGACAGAAUUAAAAUUCUUGAUUUACACACUGAAAUUACUAUUGUGUAUUACUGCUGUGCUCAGACUUUAGGUUUAAUUUUGUAUUACAGCAAUUCUUUAGAGAAAUUAUUAUGUGAUUAUUUGUAAAGGUUACAUGAUGAAAAAAACUCUAAUGGCAUGAUUGACUUUUUCUGCAUUUAUUGUUCCCUGUUUUAUAUUGUGUGUUUUAUACAAAAGUAAAAUAAAAAAUAAAAUAAAAAGCAUGACAUAAAAAUGCCAA